UAAAAAGAAGAACCAAAAACAGAAAGAAGAAAAGCGCUUCAAAAAGCUGUCAAAGAAAAAUCGACACCUUCUUAUAAAUCUCUUCCCAGUUUGCUCUAGCAUUGAUCCUGCCUCUUGAUUCCUUGCCUUGCUUUCAUAUCUACCCUGCUUUCUUUUUCUUUGUGUCAUGAAACUCGGAAGCAUGAGUUUUGUAGAGUUUCAAUCAUGCCACUUGCUUCUUGGUAUUGUUCUUGCACUAUGCUUUAACCAAGUCUUCUCCACCACCAAUGAAACAGAUAGACUUGCGCUGCUCACAUUUAAGGCCGGCAUAACCGAAGAUCCUUUCGGCGUGCUCAACUCAUGGAACAAUAGCAUUGGGUUUUGCCAGUGGUAUGGCAUUACGUGCGGCCGCAGGCACCAGAGGGUUACAGUCUUGGACUUGCGAUCACAAGGACUCUCCGGAUCAAUCUCUUCUCAUAUCGGAAAUCUUAGCUUUUUAAGGGGAAUGUUCCUCCAAAACAAUAGCUUCAAUCAAAAAAUCCCUCCACAACUCGGCCAGUUGUGCCGCCUGCAUAUCCUACGAUUGGACAACAAUUCAUUGGUUGGAGAAAUUCCCAAAAACAUGUCGGGUUGCUCAGAACUAGUCAUCCUCUGGCUUGUGAAGAACAAACUGACCGGAGAAAUUCCUGGAGAGCUCGGUUCAAUGUCGAAGCUACAAGACUUAGGUUUGGGUAGGAACAAUCUAAGUGGGAGUGUGCCUUCCUCCAUUGGGAACUUAUCUUCACUAAAGGAACUUUAUUUAAGCAGAAACAACUUGGGCAGGAGCAUUCCCUCAGUUCUAGGCCAUCUAACAAACUUGCAAGCGAUUGGCAUUGGAACUAACAUAUUGUCAGGUACAAUUCCAUCUUCGUUACUCAAUCUCUCUUCUCCCGUUGUGUUUGACAUUGGAGGCAACCGAAUACAGGGGACUCUUCCUACUGGCAUAGGCCUCAAACUCCCAAAUCUUGAAAUUUUUACCGUUUCUUGGAACCAACUUGAGGGACCGAUUCCUCUGACGAUAUCGAAUUGCACAAAGCUAUACACGCUUCAACUUAACAUUAAUAGGUUUUCUGAAAAAGUGCCUUCUUUGGAAGAAUUGUAUAGGCUUCGUUGGUUUGGAAUCGGUGGUAACCAACUCGGAAGUGGAAAACCUGAAGACUUGAGCUUCCUUUGCUCAUUAACUAACAUCACCCAAUUAGAGUACCUGUCUAUUGGGGGGAAUAAGUUCGGCGGGGUGUUACCUAAAUGCAUAGGUAAUUUAUCCACCACUAUCAAAGCAUUUUUGUUAAGCUUCAAUCAUAUAUCCGGUGAAAUUCCAGAAGAAAUCGGGGAUCUGGUUAAUCUGGAAGUAUUGUAUAUGAAUGAUAACAAAUUAUCAGGUGUUAUUCCCCCAAAUUUGGGGGCUCUACAAAAUUUAGUGAUGCUGGACUUAAGUGAUAACAAGCUGGGAGGGACUAUCCCAUCUUCUUUGGGAAAUCUAACCAAGUUAAUCCAACUAGAUCUUCGCAGGAACAACUUUCAUGGGAAAAUUCUGCCACAUCUAUCUAAUUGCCGAUCUCUUGAUGAGCUUAUUCUGUCUAAUAACAAUCUCAGUGGUGCCAUUCCUCCGCAGCUCAUAGGUCUCUCAUCAUUAACAAUCAUUCUGAACUUGUCUCAUAACCGUCUGAUUGGGGUUCUACCCACAGAAGUCGGCAACUUGAGAACUUUAACUGCGCUGGACAUCUCGAACAAUUUGUUGGUAGGUGAAAUCCCCAUCAGUUUAGGUCAUUGCACUUCAAUGACAUCACUGAGGAUGGGGGGCAACUUUUUCCAUGGGUCCAUUCCUCAAUCAAUGAAAUCGUUAGGAGGCAUUGAAGAACUAGAUCUUUCAUGUAAUAAUUUGUCAGGUCAAAUUCCAGAAUUUUUAGUAGCAUUUCGCUCCUUGAAGCUUCUGAAUUUAUCGUACAAUAAGUUUGAAGGUAUGCUACCACGUGAAGGAGUCUUUAAGAAUGCUACCGGUACUUCUAUUAUUGGGAAUAAUGAGCUCUGCGGCGGACUGCCAGAAUUUCACCUCCCCAAUUGCAUCUCCAAACGCUCCAAGAGCAGAAAGAUAAACAUAGCAAUAUUGUUUGCUUGUAUUAUUUCCGGAGUCCUUGGAAUAGCUCUUAUUCUAACUUUUUUAUAUCUUUGUUGGUUAAAGAAGAAAGUAAAUGAACCAGCUUCAAGUACGAUAAGUGAUUCACGUCCGAAGGUGUCCUAUGGAGCACUCCUAAAAGCAACGGAUGGUUUUUCUUCAAUGAAUUUGAUCGGUAUUGGAAGCUUUGGUUCUGUUUAUAGGGGGAUACUCGAGGACAAUGGAAUUGUGGUUGCCGUGAAGGUACUUCAUUUAGUCCGUUGUGGUGCUCUGAAGAGUUUCAUGGUAGAGUGCGAGGCAUUAAAGAACAUCAAACAUCGAAAUCUCUUGAAGAUACUUACAGUUUGCUCGAGUAGUGAUUAUCAAGGAAAUGAUUUUAAGGCUUUAGUCUAUCAAUUCAUGGACAAUGGAAGCCUAGAACAAUGGCUACACCCUAAUGCAACAUCUCAUGGGAAUGAGCUCCCGAAAAAGUUGAAUUUCAUUCGGAGGAUAAAUAUUGCUAUUGGUGUUGCUUCUGCACUGGAUUAUCUCCAUCAUCAAUGCCACAUCCCCAUUGUUCAUUGCGAUCUAAAGCCAAGUAAUAUCCUCCUAGAUGCGGAGAUGGUCGCACAUGUUGGCGACUUUGGAUUGGCGAAAUUCCUUCUUGGAUCAUCCCUUGAUACUGUAGUUAAUCAGAUGAGCUCAGUGGGUUUUAAAGGGACAAUUGGUUAUGCUCCACCAGAAUAUGCAAUGGGAUGCGAAAUUUCAAGAGAAUGGGAUGUCUAUAGUUACGGGAUUCUCUUACUUGAGAUGUUCACAGGGUUGAGUCCCACCGAUGACAUAUUUAGAGACAAUUUGACUCUUCAUAGUUUUGUCACAAAAGCUUUGCCCGGACGAGUACUUGCAAUUACAGACAUCAUUUUGCUUCAAGAAAGAGAGAGCCAUUUAGGCCCCCGUAGUCCGCAGCAUUGGCUUUUCGAAAGCGACGGCAUAUUUCAAGAGUGUUUGGUUAUGGUGUACAAUAUUGGAGUUGCUUGUUCGCAUAGCGUGCCUGGAAGACGGAUGAGCAUCAGCGGAAUUGCAAAUCAGCUGCAACAAGUUAGGGAGAAACUCUUUGCCUUGGGUUUACAUGGAGAAGAUGAACUACUAACAGCUUCUGUUUAG